AGAAAUUUUCGACCUCUUACCCCACCAUGUUUGAAGAUCAACAAUCCUGGACUUCAGUCUCGCUGUUUGGAGUUUUUGUUGCUCUGCUGCUCCUCCAUCUUCUUCACUCCAACUUCAACUCUGACAAGAAGCCAGAACCUCCAGGACCCAGACCUGUUCCUCUGUUUGGUAACCUGUUUCAGCUGAAUCUGAAGAGACUCGACCAAAGCCUUUUAAAUCUUUCCAAAAAAUAUGGACCAGUUUUCCAAGUCUCCUUUGGACCACAGAAGGUGGUGGUUCUGGCAGGUUACAGAACAGUCAGACAGGCUCUGGUGAACCAGGCUGUUGAGUUUGGAAAUCGAGAAAUCACUCCAGCUUUCUUUGUUAUAAACAAGGGAUAUGGUUUGGUACUUUCUAAUGGAGAUUCGUGGAAAGAAAUGAGGCGUUUUGCUCUGGCAACUCUGAGGGAUUUUGGAAUGGGCAAAAAGAUGAGUGAAGAAAUAAUUAUUGAAGAGUGUAACUACUUGAUAAAAGAAUUUGAACAAUUUGAAGGUCACAUCUUUGACAAAACAAAGGCCGUUCAUUAUGCUGUUACAAAUGUUAUAUCAGCUUUAAUGUUUGGAAAGAGAUUUGAAUACAAAGAUCCGGUCUUCCAGGCUGUGGUGGAUCGAGACAAUGAGAUCAUCCAUCUGGUAGGAACAGCUUCACUGUGGCUAUACAACGUUUUCCCUUGGCUCGGCCCCUUUCUUAAAAACUGCCGUGAUUUAAUCAAGAAUGUUGAGGGCAACAAGGUUGAUGUGAGAAAGAUAAUAGCAGAUCUAAAGAAAACUCUGAACCCUGAGGUGUGCAGAUGCUUUGUCGAUGCAUUUCUGAUCCGUAGAAAACAUCUGGAGGAUUCUGAAAAUAAAAUAUUACACUACCAUGAUGAUAACCUGCUGUACAGUGUGUUGAAUUUGCUUCAAGGUGGAAAUGACACUACUGCAAAUACAUUGAAGUGGAGUCUCCUUUACAUGACCAAAUACCCUCUCAUUCAAGCUCGUGUUCAGGAGGAGCUGAGCAGGGUGGUGGGAAGCCGGCAGGUUCAAACAGAAGACAGGAAGAACCUGCCGUACACUGACGCUGUUAUUCAUGAAACACAGAGACUUGCAAACAUUCUCCCGAUGGCUAUUCUUCACGCAACAAGUAAAGAUGUCACUUUUCAGGGGUACUUCAUCAGUGAGGGAACAACAGUUGUUCCUCUCCUCACGUCUGUCCUGUAUGAUGAGAGUGAAUGGGAGAGCCCACACAGUUUCAACCCGUCUCAUUUUCUGGAUAAGGAGGGUAAAUUCAUCAGGAGAGAUGCCUUCAUACCGUUUUCUGCAGGUCGCAGAGCCUGCAUUGGAGAGAGUCUGGCCAGAAUGGAGCUGUUCCUCUUCUUCACCUCUCUUCUUCAGCACUUUCGUUUCACUCCCCCACCUGGAGUUUCAGAGGAUGAGCUGGAUUUAACCCCAGUUGUGGGCUUCACCCUCUGUCCUCGACCUCAGAAUCUGUGUGUUGUCCGACGCAACUGAAGCUGGAAUGGCUAUUUGUCAUUUUACACACUGUUGGGUGAAAAAGCUCCAUUCUUUUUUUUUUCAUAUUACAUCUUACAAAAUGAUGUUAAACAGUAGCAAACCUGUAAAAUUUUUAAAUUAAACCCACAACGUACAACUUAAUUUGCAGUGAUUAGUUAGUCUACACUGAUGAGACAAAAUCCUUGGUUAUACUAAUUAUAAAAUGAAAUUAAAAAGGCUAGAUUGAUAAAAGUAUAAAUUGCUGAAACAGUCACUUUUGAUAUUUGUUGAAUGUAAAUUCAUGGCACUAACCUCUGUGAAUCUUUUCUGGGAAAACCACUUUUUCACAUUUGUUAUUUGAGUUAUUUUGUUGCACUGAAUCAGAAAUUUAAAGUUUACCAUUGAUUUAAAAACAAGUUUCUUAUAAAUGAAGUAAAACCCUGGAGGACCAGUAUUUGGCACCACUGCUGUAAAAAAAAACUAAACAAAACAAACCAAAAAUAAAUAAAACUAUGUAUUUCAAUUCA